UGUACAGUCAUAAAUCGGACUCCGAGGAGCCAGGAAGUAUGCAGCGCGACAGAUAAAGUCGAGAGAGCGGGCGUUUGUUGUCAGUGGACGGGGAUCACACGCUUCAGGGUGAGAGGGAAUUAUAGCCGAGUGCGAAAUUGAGCCUAAUCCAUUGCAGUGGCAGAGACUGACCACUCAGUAGUUUAGAUUUGAAAGCGGGGAGAGAUCACGACCCUGCUUACAAUUAGGUAAAUAUUACGUUAGCACAUUGCUACAAAACAAGACGGAAGAGAAUAGAAGCGGGAUUGCUGUUAUUUCACGGCAAAGGUUUGUCUUGCUCACAAAACAAUUAGAAUCAAGGAACAUUUCUCAGCAAAGCUUCAAGAUGCCUCGGGUGGUCCCGGAUCAAAGGAGCAAGUUUGAAAACGAAGAAUUCUUCAGAAAACUCAGUCGGGAGUGCGAGAUCAAAUACACAGGUUUCCGAGACAGACCGCACGAGGAGAGGCAAGCCAGGUUUCAGAACGCUUCUAGAGACGGUCGCUCAGAAAUAGCUUUUGUGGCGACGGGCACCAACCUCUCGCUGCAGUUCUUCCCAGCCAACUUGCACGGGGAGCAGAGGCAGACACCCACACGAGAUUAUGUGGACUUUGACCGGGAGACGGGAAAGGUGUACCUGAAGGCCCCUAUGAUCCUGAAUGGAGUGUGUGUGACCUGGAAGGGCUGCAUAGACCUGCAGCGCUUGGAUGGGAUGGGCUGUCUGGAGUUCGAUGAGGAGAGAGCACAGCAUGAGGAUGCCCUGGCGCUAGCAUCCUUUGAGGAGUCGCGUAGGAGGACCCGGGACUUUGAGGACAGAGACCGCUCGCACCGAGAGGACCUGGAGGACCCUGUGGCAUCAAAAAUCUGGGACUGAUGGCAUUCAAGGACCAGGCCCAGGCGACAGCAGGACCUCAGCCCUGGCACCGACAUGGGCAACAACGCUGAUGAUCACAAGAUGCGCUAGAGGCCAGAGAGACGCAGGGGAGUGGGGUCAGGGUGACCUGUCCAUCGUACUAGGCCAGUCUCACACCCUGUCACCAAGCUGUUAACUGGAGAGACCAAAGUCCACAUUGCUAGGGAUUUGGGGGUGGGUGGGGGUGGGGCCCUUUUUAAUUUUAAGAAGGGACUGGGUGAGGUGGGUGUCCAUUUUUAAGUGUGGUGUAAGAGGAUCGACCCAAACCUCCUUGUCUUCGGGGGGGGGUUUGCACUAUCUGAUACAUUCAGUUUAGUACCCACAUUGCCUUCUGUAUGCAUGGAGCACCUGCCUACCUAUGUUUUCUUUUGUCCCUCUAUGCAAGCUAUUUCGGCAGCACUUUCUUUUACAAUGCUUUAUAAAUAGGAAAUUACUGGGUGAUUAAAUGGAACACAUUUGUUAUUAAAUAAUUACAUAUUCUUCCUAAA